ACCUUCCCCAUCCAUCCGCGCCUAGAACACAGCUCUGACCGUAUCUAAGCGCGCUCGCGACUGACCAUCUGAUCAAAUCCUCUUGACCUUUUACACCAUUCGCGCAUUAAUCUCGCCCGCACAGCGCGAGGUGUCAUCCAGAUCGUCAACGCGAUCAAGAGGAACCUUGGCUCUGGUAGCGUUUCAUUGCGCAACACCGUCCCAGAUGUUGGACGAGCUCGAUAACAACUUCGACGACCAUCCGUCCUUGGAUGUGUCGCUCGAGGACUUUGAAAGCAAUAGUAACACGCAACGUUCACCCCUCUUUAGUUUGCCCUCCCAACAUUCAGGAUUCCGCGAAGAAGAAUCAGAUCCUGAGGAAGACGACCCCACACCUAAUACGGAGCGCUGGUCACCUCCUGGCUUCCGCAGACAUGACUAUAAUCCUGGAAGUGGCUGGUAUCGUCACGAAGCCUAUUCUCGCAGUCCAGAGAAGGAGCGUCCCGUCUUGAAGCCGACGGUGGGGGUAAGUCCGUCGCAAUCGCGAGAGGGAAGCCCACAAUACGAGGAUGCGAUCGAGGCUCCUGCGAACAAAGACCGUAAGCAGUCCUCAACGAUGACUGAUACCACGUGCGCUCCCACGGCCCUGUCUCCCCCGAAUCCAGAAAGGGCUCAGACACGUUCCCCGAGCCGAGCUCCAGCUACUGGGCAAGCUGGUCAGGAUGUCGAGUUGGAGUUUACACCAGAACAGGAUCUGAGUAACUAUAUCCGGUUUGCUGUACGCGCAGAAGUGCAGCAUCGUGAACCAUUCGCGGCCAUGUUCGGGUACCUGCGCGAGAAAUUUGAUAAGAUCACGAGUACUCGGACCAAUACCCUCGUAUCACUUGUCGUCGCGCUCUUAUCGAUAGGGUUGAUGCGCACAAUGUUCCUCCCGAAUUAUCCGCAGCCAAUCCCGGACCUCGUCAAGCUGUCAGGGUUUGCGCGCUCUUUCGAGCCCCUGAUCUAUUACUCUGAGCAUGGCGCGCAGCAGAUUGAAACGUUGCAGGAGACAGGCGUGGCGGUCUGGGACUUGAGCGAAUCAGUGCGCGGAACCAAUAUGACCAGCGCGCCUAUCAUCGUGCGCCAGCUUGAUGAACUAUCUGAGUCGCUCAAAACAUUGUCAUUGGAGCUAACCCGCUUCUUCGCGAACGUCGAUGCCGACUUCGAUUCCAUUCUGAUCGUCAUGGAUUGGGCCAAACGCGAAUUGGAAGCCAUUAAUGCCCAACCACCUAGCUCCUUGCCUACACUCAUGUUCGACAAUCUGCAUGAGAUCCUUGCGCGGCUGGGCACGAUGGAACGACCGAUCGAGUCCAAUGAUGGUCCUCCAGGCAGUGAGCUGGCGACUACACCUACCAAGUUCGGUCACGUCGUGACAGCGGUCCUUGGACAAACCUCGGCGCAGCGCACGCGCGCGACACUCACCCGGACCUUCACUGAAUUUCUCGGCGUUCUUGAAGAAUGUAUCAAUACUGAGCUGUACCACUCCACGGCACUGUUUGGGCUUUUCGAAUCCAUCGAUCGUCAAUUCUUAAAUCUGCAACGAACUGUCGUUCGUGAGUCGGAUGCGCAAGAACGAGAGGAGGGUGAGAUGCUGAGUUCACUGUGGACCCGUGUUCUUGGACCCGAUGCCUCCAUUGUUCGCAAGUACGAGAAGAACAGGCGGUUACUUGCCAACGUCCGUAGUCGGACUGUCACUAACAAACACCUGCUGAUGGAUCACCGCGGGCGUCUCCUCACACUCAAGGUCAACCUGGAAACUCUGCGUCGGAAGCUGGUCAGUCCGUUGGUGCGGCGCAACGACUCGGUCCGAUUUGCGGGUGGCGUCGAGGCUAGCACUAGUCACAGUCACGGCCGCAUGCUCGGCCCGAUCGGAGCCGUGAUCGAGAGUCAAAUCCGGGGGAUCGACGGCAGCUACGAAUAUCUUCGGGGCGUUCGCGACAAGCAAAAAGCACGAUUCAUGGAGUUUGUGUUCGGGGCUGGACGGCGCGUUCCGCCAAACUCGAUGCUAUCGGAUGGAUCUGAGAGCGGCGAGGUGGAGCCGCAGGCCAUCGAGGAAGGUGACGAUUAAGGUGACAGAUUGAUUAAGACUUGUGCUUGACUGCAUAGCAUGGCCAGGCGUUUACUAACUGUCAUCAUCGUCACUACUCGUUCUACAUCUUUUCAUCCACGGCAUAUCUCUCGGAUACACGGCGUUCUCUCCAGCGCUCAGGGUAGCAUUGUCUGUCUGCUAUGCACAUGGUGGGCGUUACAUCUACAGGAUCAUUCAUCAUCUGGUUAUGGUUCUCAGCAUGAUCUUUUGUGUUUACAUCAUUGAGUCUCACGACAACGA